CCACAGGUUACUUGUUAUGCUAAUUUGACCGGAUUAUUCGAAGAGAUUCCCACCCCCAACUCAGCACACCCUCAAACCUCAAACAUUGUUGAUAGCGAAACCGCGAGUUACUUCACAACGCGUUUCGAUACCGCGACGUCAACAGGCGCGUUUGCGACCCUCGCGACUAACACGUGCGUGAAGCAGAUAGGUAGUUCGUUGAAAAGAGUUCGUAUGCUGUUUAUUUAGUCACAAAAAAGAGUUCUUCCACUAUGUCUUCGGCAAACGAGCAUCUACCACCGCCGCCAAAACCAAAACUGUCACCACUGGAAUUCAGGAACACAGAUUUGGUGUCUAGACUUCUAGCUGCUACACCACCGUACCUCUACAAUAUGUCACUGUUACCAAAUACUUACUUCUUCAGUGAGAUGUUAAGAUCGCUAGUCCAAGCAAAAGCUGAAAGAAAUGCUGCUCAUAGUGCUGCUCAUCCACAGGUUCGAAGAGCAAGGAAAAGACAUUGGGGGGUCGCGCCAACCUAUCACCAAAAACCUACGUUGAUUGAGCCGACAAGUGAAACUAAACCGGCAGACGCGGACGAAUGGAUGUUGAAAAGCAAUAAAAAGAUACAGGAAGAGAAUUUAGAUGCCGCAACAACUAAUACAGGACGUUCAGACAAAUCAAAGCCUUUGGAACAUGGGAUGAGUGGCUUAGGGUACCAGCAGCCCAAGACGGAGAGCCGCUUACCUUCCGAGCAUCAGUUAGUCUCGUCAAAUAUGCCGCAUCAUCAGUCCCACUCCGAUCCAUCCCCUCAAAAUUUGGUACUACCCCCAGCUCCACCAAUCUGGUACCCUCCACUUUACCCGCCAUCCCCUUAUGGAAUCGAUCCCUUACAUUUUUUCAUCGAUCUACGGGUGUCCGGGCAUAUCUACGAUAGGAAAAAUAGUGAACAGAAAGAAAGCGUCGUUAAUGAGACAAUAACGAAACGUGAAGAGACUCUGGAUGACAUAAAGAAGGAGGACGACAAUUUCAAUGGUAUUUUUAGACUGUCCAUUUUUGUUGCAGGCAGUCCAGACACAGUUCAGCAUUCUCAGUUCCUGUUCCGUCAAGAAAAUCUCAAGAGGCAAUAAAUCUAAGUGAAAAAGAAACAAAGCCCACAAAAUUUGAUGUAAAAUCGAUGGGAUUCGAUAAAAGCAGCAACAAGACUAGCACCAAUUAUGUUAUGUCGAAUAUCACUUCGAUAUAUAAAGGAAUAAUUGAUAGAGUCACAGAUGAUAACAGAGUUAAAGAUCUCCAUGAAAAGGUGAAAGAAAUGUCAGAAGAAGAGAAAGAAAAGAAAGUGAAUGACCUUAAGACGCUGAUUGGCUUAGAGUUGGCGGUUAAUUAUAUGAGUCCUAAGUCGCAUAGCGAAAGUAGAGAAGAACAUAAUGGUAGUUCGUUCAGUUCGUCUGACGUCGAAUCUGUUGGCAGCCCUGCUUUAGAAGUGGUGGCUAUCCAGGACGACAACUAAACUUCUCAAGUUAACUAUAUGUGUAUAUAAUCAAAAUUUCAAUAUUUACAGGGUUAUUAUAACAAUAAAUUAUUAUUAGAGUGUAUCAUUCAAGCUGGAUAAAUAUUGGAAUACACGAAAGUUGUUUUGUUUUGAGAGGAUAGGAAAAUAUAAUUUACAAUUUUUAGCCAAAUUGCCUGCUAUAUUUUGGAUUAUUUGAAAUUAAAAAGCUGCACAUGAGUCAAAAGUAGCGUUCUGUCUUAUUUUUCAUUGCAAUGAAGGAUACUUUUAAAAACACAAUAAUCAAUUUUAUGGAAAUCUAG